AUGGCUAUCCUUCGACUUUUAGAACUCCCAGACUCCAACCCGGCAGCGAAGCUGGUUAAAACUAUUUUCAAAAGGAACAGGAAAACACACCGCUCAUCAAUUCACCAAGCACUUGCACACCCUCUCAACGCGUGUAGAGCACUCCCAGGUUUACCUGAAGCCUUAGACCCCGUCAAGGGAGGCUUGAAGACCGACGACCGAAUCACCGGACUGAUCCACUCCUCCAAAGAGGAGGCAGUGAUCUUUACGCUGCAAAACAUUACCGAACGCCCAGCUAACACAGUUAUUUCCUCCAGCGACGGAUCACAUAUCCCUGGGAAAGGGGUGGGAGCCGCAGCACUCACCCUUGAUGCUAACUCUCUGCCACUUCGCAUUAGAAUAGGCGAAGCAGAAAACCACACCCCCUACGAUGCCAAGCUGGCUGGCAUCCAACUAGCAAUAGCUAAUGUUAGAAACACAGCUCCGGGCGACACACAGUUCUUCUGGUUCAUUACAGACUGCCAAAACGCUAUACAAAAUAUCACCAAACCCCUCAAGACCCAACCUGGCAUGAGCACCUGCAUACAAAUCAGGAAAAGCCUGAACAAGUUGCUGACUAUCUUUCCAAGGUCUAAGAUCACCAUCAUAUGGUGUCUGUCCUCUUCUGGAGUACAAGCAACAAUCAUCACUGAUGAAGCGGCAAAAACAGCCACAACACUUCAUCAAAUACUUACCAGCGCUCCUAGCACAGCCCCGAUACAGAAGACAAUCAAAGCCAACCUACAAGCAGCGGCAGAUCAGCCACCUCCGGAGGCAGCGGUCACCUGA